AUGGCCCCGAGCCGCCAGAACACAGAAACGGACGCGUUCAUGCCUGACGCACCAGAACACCACGUUGCCUCUGAAAUGGAGGUCGAUACGCCCGACUACUCCGACUCUGAUACCCAGCCGAAUACUACCGCUAGCAGCGUAGUCGGCGAACCUAUUACGGAUGGUCGGAAGCGUAGGAGCGAGGCCAACCAGCUUCGCCGCAGCGUGUUUGGCAAGAAGCACGACAGACUUGGAGAGUCCAAGGAAGAUGACACCAUUCGCCGAUUCCGUUACCUUCUCGGAUUGACAGAUCUCUUCCGUCAUUUCAUCGAAACCAAUCCCGAUCCGAAAAUCCGCGAGAUUAUGGUCGAAAUCGAUCGCCAAAAUGCUGAACAUGACAAGACGAAGGGUGGCGCGCGUCGCCAAGGCGGGGCGGUUAAUGCCCGUGCUCGGCGAACGGAAAAGGAGGAAGACGAGGAGCUACUGAAGGACGAGAAGCGCGGUGGAGCCGCAGACACUGUCUUCCGCGAGUCACCAUCCUUCAUCAAGGGCACGAUGAGAGACUAUCAGGUUGCCGGCCUAAAUUGGCUUAUCUCACUGCACGAGAAUGGUAUCUCGGGCAUUCUUGCCGACGAAAUGGGCCUUGGAAAGACGUUGCAGACUAUCUCUUUCCUCGGCUACCUGCGCCAUAUGAUGGGCAUUACCGGGCCCCACCUCGUCACCGUCCCUAAGUCUACUCUUGAUAACUGGAAGCGCGAGUUCGAAAAGUGGACUCCCGAGGUCAACGUUUUGGUGCUCCAGGGAGCCAAGGAAGAGCGACACCAGCUUAUUAACGAUCGCCUUAUAGACGAGGACUUCGAUGUGUGUAUCACGAGUUACGAAAUGGUUCUCCGCGAGAAGGCCCACCUCAGGAAGUUUGCCUGGCAGUACAUCAUCAUUGACGAGGCCCAUCGUAUUAAAAACGAAGAAUCUUCACUUUCUCAAGUGAUCCGGUUGUUCCAGUCGCGAAACCGCCUCCUUAUUACUGGUACUCCCCUCCAGAAUAACCUCCACGAGCUUUGGGCCUUGCUCAAUUUCCUCCUCCCCGACGUAUUUGGCGAUUCCGAGGCGUUCGAUAACUGGUUCAGCGGUCAGGAUAGGGACCAGGAUACCGUUGUUCAGCAACUUCACCGCGUCUUACGGCCGUUCUUGCUACGUCGAGUGAAGAGUGAUGUGGAAAAGAGCUUGCUUCCCAAGAAGGAGGUCAACCUAUACAUCGGCAUGUCUGAAAUGCAGGUCAAGUGGUAUCAGAAGAUUCUGGAAAAGGAUAUCGAUGCCGUCAAUGGCGCGGGCGGCAAACGCGAGUCCAAGACACGACUCCUAAACAUUGUCAUGCAGCUCAGAAAGUGCUGUAACCACCCGUACCUCUUCGAAGGCGCUGAACCUGGCCCUCCUUACACCACGGACGAACAUCUCGUAGAGAACUCGGGCAAGAUGGUUGUUCUCGACAAGCUUCUUUCCCGCUUGCAGAAGAAUGGCAGUCGUGUCCUGAUCUUCUCUCAGAUGAGUCGACUUCUCGACAUCCUUGAAGAUUACUGCGUCUUCCGUGAGUACAAAUAUUGCCGUAUCGAUGGUGGUACUGCUCAUGAGGACCGAAUCGCGGCUAUCGACGAAUACAAUAAGCCGGGCUCUGAGAAGUUCGUCUUCCUCCUUACCACUCGAGCUGGCGGUCUAGGUAUCAACCUCACAACCGCCGACACGGUUAUUCUGUACGAUAGCGACUGGAACCCCCAAGCCGAUCUUCAAGCUAUGGAUCGAGCUCACCGUAUCGGACAGACGAAGCAGGUUGUCGUCUAUCGGUUCGUUACCGAUAACGCCAUCGAAGAGAAGGUUCUUGAGCGAGCAGCUCAGAAACUGAGGCUGGAUCAACUAGUCAUCCAGCAGGGCAGGGCCCAAAUCGCAGCCAAGGCCGCCGCCAACAAGGAGGAGCUUCUGUCCAUGAUCCAGCAUGGAGCGCAAGAUGUUUUCUCGACAAAGGGCGGCACAGGUCUCAUCGCCAAUAAGGGCGGAAAGAUUGACGACGCCGAUAUCGAGGAGAUUCUCGCUCGAGGAGAGAACCGCACGAAAGAAUUGAACGCCAAGUAUGAGAAACUUGGCCUUGACGACCUUCAAAACUUCACUUCGGAAUCCGCGUAUGAGUGGAAUGGAAAGGAUUUCCAGAAGAAGAAGACGGAUCUGAAUCUCAUGACUUGGAUCGAGCCAGCCAAGCGCGAGCGCAAGGAGCAGUCCUACUCGAUGGACAAGUACUUCAAACAGGCUAUGUAUCCAAGCAGCAAGGCUGAGCAGAAGCCCAAGGCCCCUCGAGCACCCAAGCAAGUCCCUGUGCAUGAUUACCAGUUCUACCCUGCUCGGCUACGAGAACUGCAAGAUCGUGAGACAGCGUACUAUAGGAAGGAAGUUGGUUACAAGGUUCCCCUUGCCGAUGGCGAGGAAGACACACUCGAGGAGCGCGAGGCCGAGCGAACCCGCCUGCAGGAAGAGAUUGAUAACGCCACUCCCUUAAAUGAAGAGGAACAGGAGGAGAAGGCCCAGCUGUCCGAGCAGGGCUUCGGUGACUGGAACCGCAGGGACUUCCAGCAGUUUGUCCACGGUUCCGGUAAACACGGUCGUACUGAUUACGACAGGAUCGCCGAAGACAUCGACAGUAAGACCGUGGCCCAAAUUAAGACCUAUGCCAAGGUGUUCUGGCAGAGGUACACAGAAAUCUCCGACUAUCAGAAAUACAUCAAGAUCAUCGAGGACGGCGAGGAGCGCAUGCGCCGAGUUGAGCACCAACGUAAGAUGUUGCGCAAGAAGAUUUCGGGCUAUCGUGUCCCCCUCCAGCAGCUCAAAAUCAACUAUUCCGUAUCGACAACGAACAAGAAGGUUUACACCGAGGAAGAGGAUCGGUUCCUCCUUGUGCUCCUUGACAAGUACGGAAUUGAUAGUGAGGGUCUUUACGAGAACAUCAGGGAGGAAAUUCGGGAGAGCCCCCUGUUUAGGUUUGACUGGUUCUUCCUCAGCCGAACGCCUAUUGAGCUUAGCCGACGUUGCACGACGCUCCUCACAACCGUUAUGAAAGAGUAUGAGGACGUUCAGCCUUCCAAGGCUAACGGCGAGAAGAAAUCGAAGCGCGAGCCAGAGGACGAGGAGAACGACGAGGAUAGCAUUCUUGGUAUGGCUCCGGCCAAGAAGAGGUCCAAGAACGGUGUCAAGAACAAGGCACUUGAUAAUGUGAAAUCGGCCACGACUAAGGGAAGCAAGUCCAAGUCGGCCAGUCCUUCACGCGCCUCCAGCGUCGCUAGCAACGCGUCUGGUGGUGCGGCCUCGAAGUCCAAGGCCAAGCCCAAGGGCAAGAAGAAAUAA